AACGUUAAGGAACAUCGCAGUUACAUCGCGGUGUGGCCACAUCAUCAUACGGUGCAUUAUCGUCGGGAUCUGCACACGCGCAUGUGUCAAAAUCGUUGUCACACGUGCGACCGCGAUUGGUCAAGUCCACAGUACUUAUCGAGUGAUUAUUAAUCUAUUUUAUCUUCAAGUGCCUGCUUCCAGGGAAGAGAGAUAGAGAAAGGAAAAGCGAGCCUCAUAGGAGAAUGAAAGGAUCACAUUCUUCUGUCAGCAUUACGUUCGCAUUAUGCAUCAUCUGCUUACAAAGGACCUUGGGAGUGCCAGAGCUGAAAUUAGUACACGUUUUGUUCGCGCACAAGCUGCACGCACCGAGAGAGGACUAUGCGGGGACGGAGAGUUUGCCGCGAGUCUUAUCGUACGAGUACUUCACUUCCGCCAGAAUGAACAUGCCGAACGCUGCGAGUCUCAACAUGUACAAUCUUGGAGUGCAUUUGCGUGAAGUCUACGACGAGUUUCUGGGCGUCGAGCUGCAAACGUAUGAUAUCACCAGAAUAAGGACGACGGAGCAGGCCUUAUCAAUGUUAUCAGGGCAGCUCGUUAAUGCCGGUCUGUGGCCACCUACGGAAGCACAAACAUGGAUGGUGGGCAUGAAUUGGCAACCGGUGCCAAUCGAUUACGUGAAGCUGAAGAAGGAUGUGUUGAUGUUGGGCUCGCUAUGUCCGAAUUUUAUUUCUCAGAUGAAUCAGGCGUUGGAAACAGCCGAAAUGCGAGAAAUGAUAUCGCAUUAUCAGAAUUUGUUUGAUUACCUAUCUUAUUAUACCAAAAGGAACAUCAGUACGCCAUCGGACGUAGCUCUCUUGUACGCUAGUCUGGAGACGAUGGCUGAUGAGGACGAGAAGCUGCCUUAUUGGGCGAUGGACGUGUUUCCUGACGGUACGAUGUAUAAUGUGACCUUGUUGGAAUAUGAUAUCCUAUCGGCGACUCCCCUUCAGAGGCAGCUGAACGGCGGAACUUUCUUAGCGGAAGUAAUUGGCAACUCGUUGAUGUACACGUUGAGUGAAAUGCCGAAAAACUGUAAAAUGAUGCUGUACAGCGGUGACGACCGAAACAUCGCCGGGGUGCUGAAAAACCUCGAUCUCUGGUCGCCUCACAUACCCAACGAGGCGGCCGCGUUGAUCUUCGAAUUAUAUUUCGACAACGACACGGAUACGUACGCAAUCAAGAUUAAGUAUUAUACCGGUAUCGACAAGACAACGAUCGCUUUGUCGUUGCCGAACUGCGCGGAGAUGUGUCCGUUACAAACGUUAUUAGAUACCGUUUUCAAAUCGAUACCGCAGAAUCCGCAGGAGUUAUGCAGCUGGACCGUUGGAGAUUCAAUGGAAGCAGAAGACGCCGAUUCGUUGACUCACGACGAUUCGUCGAACAACAAUGGGUCCAUUUUGUACGAGAACGAAAGUUUGAUAUUUAAUUUAAUGUUAUUGUACUUGGUAGCUUUGGUACUCUCUUGAAGUAUACUUAGAAAGAAAGUAUUUGGUAUUUGUGAGUGUGAUUGCAUAGUAAAUAAUUACAGUUAGAAGAAUUAUUUUUACGUCAAAUGCAGUGCUAUAUAUUGUUGACGAUAAUAAUCUUGUUUGCAUGUUGCUCCUGUAAUUUUUUUUGGGAGAACAAAAGUAUUAUUAACUUUAUAAUUAUAAGUAUUAUUAUAAAAGGUAUUAUUAACACCGGAAAUAACUAUGGUCUCAGUGAGAUUCUCUCAGUAAUCUUUCCCUUUCGGUGUAGUUACACUAACUGGUAUAAAAGGAGUGCAGCAUCAAAAGCACAACUCUACGCUCAAUAUAGUGUCAAAAAUCAACAUUGUUGAAAACGAAAAUUCUACGUCUAAUUUCUGUUCGAUAAAAUGUAAGACAAUCGAGAAUGCUUUUCAUUUAGUGACACAAAUCGAUACGAGCAUUAUCUCAUCUUUAUUAUUCAUUAAAUAUGGAAAAUGAUAGAAUGGUGCAUCGGCUGGUCUUACUAAAU